AUGUCGGCGAAUGGGGAACUUCCACCAAUCCCCAGCCCGACGUAUGGCAAGAUCCUGUCUUGGGCUGACAAGGCCUACAACGGCAUCCGCGAGGUGCAGGCAGCAGUGUGCGUCCAGCCGCCGUAUGUGUAUGUGCAGAUGAUGGCCAUUCUUGUCAAUGUGAACAACCUCAUGAUUGCGAUAAGCUUCGGCAUGACGUUGGGAGUCACUAUCAGUUUGGCCAAGCGCGGGCAUCACGCAGCCACUCCUGAGGUUAUCUCCAAGGACUUGCAAAAUGUUGCCAUCUCGUUUCUCAUCAGUACAAUCGGACCUUUCCUAUACCAUGCACUGCUCGAAGUGGCAGUGUGCAUUGCGCAGCCUUUCGCAG